AUGAAAAAUGAUGCAGUACAGAAGUUGACUAAAGAACGAAAAGUAUUGAAAGAAGAUCUGCAAGAUUUGCAUCAAGAAAAUAAGAAAUUAAGGUUGGAUAGUAGACCUUUGAAGGGAUCCAAGAAGGAUGUGGAAGAACUACGAGACAUGGUGGAAUAUUGGAAGAACAGAGCUCGAGAGAACAAAGAAAUGAUCUUCACACUCACCAAAGAGCAACAUGAAUGGAAAGAAAAACUUUCAGGGGCCUCUGAAAAGGUAACAAGGCACCAAAGAGAAAGUGAAAAGCUAAAAGCUGAGCUAAUGAGGGAACAAAGCAAGAACUCCGAUUUGCAAAGCAAGAAAAAAGCCUUAGAGCAUGAAUUAAUGAGUUUGGAGCUUCAAUUGACAAGCAAUCAGAGGCACAUAAAUGAGAUUUUGACUGAGUGGCAAGAUAGAGAAGAUUAUUGGGCUCGCACUUGUAAUAUGGAGGUAGAUGCUCGAGAGAUGUGGAGAGCAGAAAGUUUAGGGAGGCAGCAAUACAUCGAACACCUGACUGCUCAAAUCUACAAGGCUGUUCAAAAAGCAGGCAACAUGGUUGAAAAGGCGAAAGCACUGGAACGAGAGAUUGUACCAACCCAAGGCCACAGUCAAAGAUUAUUGCACUUUUUUCAUGAAGCUAGGGAGCAAUAUGCUCAAAUCAAAUGUUCAAGGAUAGCAAAGCCAAGGAACCACAACCCGUCAAUUUCGCAUAGAUAUAAUACUCGUUCCCAGACUCGAGCCAUGGCAGAAGAGAAUACAGCUAGGACAGGAGAUGAGGUUAAUGUGGAAGAGCCAUUAUACCCUCCUGGAUUCAAUCCACCUCAAGUUCAGAUUCAAGUUCCUCGGGGUAUACACAUACAACCACCAAGUGCGCAGCCAUACCCCUAUGUCAAUCAUUCUGCAAAUCAGCAGUCGACCCACUUGAAUGCCAAUUCGAGACCCAUCCCAGUCGAUCCCAUCAUGGUACCAAAUCUUGACGACCCUGUUGAGCAAGAGAAGUCUCACGAAAUGUCAGAACCUGUUAUAAAUUCAAAAAUUCAAGACAAAUAUGACCAGCUUGAAGAGAGGCUUAAAGCGGUUGAAGGUAAUGACACUUAUGGGGUUAUUGACGCCAACGAGCUUAGCCUAGUGCCUGACUUGGUUAUCCCACCAAAAUUUAAGACCCCAGAUUUUGAGAAAUACGAUGGGACAAAGUGUCCAUCUGCUCAUAUCACCAUGUUUUGUAGAAAGAUGACGGGUUAUACCCAUAAUGACAAACUAUUGAUACACUGUUUUCAGGAUAGUUUGACUGGUUCAGCAGCUAAAUGGUACGUGCAAUUAGAUCGAAAUAAGAUCAGUUCAUGGAAAAACUUGGCCAAAGUUUUUCUUGCUCAGUAUAAGCACGUCUUGGAUACAGCCCCUGAUAGACUGUCAUUACAAAAUAUGGAGAAAAAGUUGACGAAAACCUUCAAAGAAUACGCACAUCGGUGGAGAGAUGCAGCAGCCCAAGUACAACCACCACUGACUGAAAAAGAGAUAACCGUGCUAUUCGUCAAUACACUGAAGGCCCCGUAUUAUGAUAGAUUGGUGGGAAAUGCCACGAAAAACUUCUCUGACAUGGUAAUUUCAGGGGAGAUGAUAGAAAAUGCUAUCAAAAGUGGUAAAAUUGAAGGGUCUGAAAAGAAGAUAGCUACAUUAAGGAAGAAAGAGCAGGAGACACAUGUUGUCACUCACACAAAUCCCCCACACCAUCCUUUUGUUUCAUAUAACCCACACCCCCAUUACUACUCUACCAUAAACCAAAUCUCUCAACAACCAUACCAUUACCGAGCCCCCCAACAAUCGUUACCCAGAUCAAGUUUUAGCCCUCAACCAUCCAAUUACACCCCAGCACCUCCAGCUCGACCAUUUACUCGACCAACCUACCCAAACAGCAAUCAAAGAAACUCACAGAAUAAUAACAAUCGAGAAAGACCUCAUUUUGACCCAAUUCCCAUGACAUACACAGAUUUGUAUCCUCGACUUGUUGAAAAACAUCUGCUUGCUCCUGUUAUUAUUGAACCUUUGAAACCUCCGUUUCCCAAAUGGUAUGACCCCAAUGCACAUUGUGAUUAUCAUUAUGGGAAUCCAGGUCAUUCCACUGAGCAUUGUAUUGCUUUGAAGCAUAAAGUGCAGGGGUUAAUCAAUGAAGGAGUAUUAAAUUUUGAUACCAGCCAACAAGGGACUCCAAAUGUCAAUGGAAACCCUCUACCAAAUCAUACCAGACCAUCAAUAAAUGCUUUGAUUGAUGGGCAAACAAGUUACGUGAAAAGAAGAAUAGAAGAGGUCAAAACUCAUAUGGCUAAAGUGUUUGAAACCUUGGUCAAAGCUGACAUGCUGAAGUCGAUAGAACCUCAAAAUUACUCUGAAGCGGUUAACUCAACUGAAAGCUGCCAUUAUCACAGAGGUGCUCUGGGGCAUUCUAUCGAAAACUGUCACCAAUUUCGUCAAGAGGUGCAAAAAUUGAUGGAUGAAGGUCGAAUAGAGUUUUACCAAGAGAGAGAAGAGUUGGUGAAAGUGUCUACCAUUGAUUCAAAGAAUAAGUUUGGGCGUAGACCAGUAACUAUCUAUUAUGAUGAGAAGCCAACAUCGAAGCUAGAAAAACCCGUCUCUCGACCAGUGGUGACAAUUAAAGUUUCUGGCCCUUUUCCAUAUCAGAAUGAUAAAGCAGUACCUUGGAAGUACGAUUAUGAUGUCGUAGUCAACCCAGAUACUGCCAACAUAACGGGUGUAGGAGGCAUAACUCGAAGUGGGAGGUGUUAUACCCCAGAAGCUCUAGAAAAAGCUAGAAAGGAGAAAGCCAAGGUAGGAGAAGAAAAUGAAAGUCAGAGUGGUCUUGACACAACCCUAGAAAAAGAAUGGCAGAAGCCAGUAUCUGAGAGUGAAGCAGGUGAAUUUUUAAAGUUAAUAAAACAUAGCGAGUAUAGCGUGGUAGAACAGCUUAACAAGAUGCCAGCUAGAAUUUUACUAUUGUCAUUAUUGCUCAGUUCAGAGUCACACCGUAAUGCUUUACUGAAAGUGUUAAAUCAAGCAUAUGUGUCUCACAAUGCUUCUGUUGAAUAUGUGGAACAGCUUGUUGGCAAUCUGACGAUUUCAAACUAUAUCUCUUUCAGUGAUGAAGAGAUUCCUCCUGAAGGUAGAGGAAGUACCAGGGCUCUUCACAUUACUGUGAAAUGUAAAAGUCAUAUAAUGGCUAAGGUUUUGAUUGAUAAUGGCUCAUCCAUCAAUGUUAUACCUGCGACUACUCUGGCAAAACUCCCUGUUGAUGGAUCUUAUAUGAAACCUAGUCAUAUGAUAGUGAGAGCCUUUGAUGAAACCAGAAGAGAAGUGUUGAGAGAUAUAGAAGUGCCAUUGCAGAUUGGCCCAUGUACCUUCAAUAUGAAAUUUCAAGUUAUGGACAUCUCUCCUUCAUAUAGUUAUUUAUUAGAUAGACCGUGGAUCCAUAUGGCAGGUGCUGUCCCAUCCUCAUUACAUCAAAAAGUCAAAUUUAUUGUUGAAGGGAAGCUAACAUGUGUGGCAGGAGAAGAAGAUUUAUUGGUAACUCAACCGAUAAAUACUCCUUAUGUGGAAUCGGCAGAUGAAGCUUUAGAAUGCUCUUAUAGAUCUUUCGAGAUUGCCAAUGCAACAUAUAUAGCUGGAGGAUCUAAAUUAUAUUCACCACACUUAUCUGUGACUACUAAAAUGGUAGUCAAACAGCUUACCAAGAUGGGAUGGCGACCUGAAGUCGGACUUGGGAAGAACCUGCAAGGAAUUACGAAGCCAUCGGCCAUAUAUGAAAAGAGAGACAGGUUUGGCUUGGGAUAUAAGCCAACAAGAGGGGACAGAGUAAGAAUGAUGAAUGAGAAAAGAGAUAAGAGGAUAGCUAAUCUUAAGGGAUAUGAGCUGGAGUCAGAGCCGAUAGUCAUUCCAUACCUUUAUGAUUCUUUUCACUCGGGAGGAUACAUUUAUUCAGAUUUACCGAGAGCCCCAAGUGCAGGAUUCAUGGAAAAAUUUUCAGAGCUGGCCAUUCAAAUGGUGGAUGAUGGAGAAAAGAAGAGUCGAAGUGAAGAGCUAUUCGUGUACCCUUGUCCUUCAGAUUUUGAGUUGGAUAAUUGGAAAGUUACAGAGCUGCCUGUUUUUCUACGAGUAUUAGGAGAUCUUUUAUGGUGUGUUUAUGUUUGUCAUUUUAAUAAAAGACUUAGAAGAUGCAUCCGUAUUUUUUCUGUCAUUUUUAUCUUCGUUUUACCUUUCAUCCUUUUCUUUCCUACAUUUUCUUGCCAUUCCAUUUUUGUGUGCCAAUAUUCUCUCCAUAUUACCCUUUGCAGGGUCUCAAACAAUGAACAUGAGGAUAAUCAUGGCAUUAAUCUCGGAUUUGAUUUUGAAAACUUAAUUCAUGUUGAUGAACUUGAUAAUGAGGAAGAUUCAGAUAACUAUACACUGCCUCUUGAUUUGUUAAAAUUAAUAGAACAUGAAGAUAAGCCAAUUGAACCCCACCAAGAAAUUACUGAAUCAGUAAAUUUGAGAGAUGGUGAGAAUAAAAGAGAGGUCAAAGUUGGUACAUCUCUUUUACCAGCUGAAAGACAGAAGCUAGAAGAGCUGCUACGAGAAUAUGUAGAUGUGUUCGCAUGGACUUACCAGGAUAUGCCAGGACUCAGCACUGAUAUUGUAGAGCACAAGUUACCUUUAAAACCAGGAUGUAAGCCGAUGCAGCAAAAGCUAAGGCGCAUGAAACCAGAGAUGCUGCUGAAAAUUAAAGAGGAAGUGAAGAAACAAUUCGAUGCUGGAUUUUUAGAAGUGGCAAAAUAUCCUGAAUGGGUAGCCAACAUAGUGCCAGUUCCUAAGAAGGAUGGAAAAGUGAGAAUGUGUGUUGAUUAUCGAGAUUUGAAUAGAGCAAGCCCUAAGGAUAACUUUCCUUUACCUCACAUCGAUACUCUAGUGGAUAAUACUGCUAGGCACUCCACAUUUUCCUUUAUGGAUGGUUUCUCAGGCUAUAAUCAGAUCAAGAUGGCUCGAGAUGAUAUGGAGAAAACUACAUUUGUGACCAUGUGGGGAACAUUCUGUUACAAAGUCAUGCCUUUUGGGUUGAAAAAUGCUGGUGCUACUUAUCAAAGAGCAAUGGUGACUCUUUUUCAUGACAUGAUGCAUAAAGAGAUAGAAGUGUAUGUAGAUGAUAUGAUUGCAAAAUCUCGUGAAGGAAAUGAUCAUAUAGUCAGUCUCAAAAAGCUGUUCGACAGGUUGAGAAGAUUUCAGUUGAAGUUGAAUCCUGCCAAAUGUACAUUUGGAGCCAAAUCAGGAAAACUAUUGGGCUUUGUAGUCAAUGAAAAAGGAAUUGAAGUUGAUCCAGAUAAGAUACAAGCCAUUCAAAACUUAUCUCCUCCUCAUACCUCAAAAGAAGUGCGAGGCUUCUUAGGGAGAUUAAAUUAUAUUGCUCGCUUCAUCUCUCAACUCACUUAUAAGUGUGAUCUUAUUUUCAAGCUUCUCAGAAAACAUGAUCCUGGAGAAUGGAAUGAUGAAUGCCAAGAAGCUUUUGAUAAGAUCAAAGAAUACUUGUCAAAUCCACCUGUGUUGGUGCCACCAAUGCCAGGAAAACCUUUGAUUUUAUACUUGACAGUGCAUGAAAAUUCAAUGGGAUGUGUGUUGGGGCAAAGAGAUGAAACUGAUAAGAAAGAACGAGCAAUUUACUACUUGAGCAAGAAGUUCACUGAUUAUGAGUCAAAGUAUUCACCAUUAGAGAAGAUGUGUUGUGCAUUAACCUGGACAGCUCGAAGGCUUAGACAAUACAUGCUUUAUCACACUACUUGGCUCAUAGCAAAGCUGGAUCCUAUUAAGUAUAUCUUCGAAAAGCCCUCAUUGACAGGAAGAAUAGCACGGUGGCAAGUUAUGCUUUCAGAAUAUGAUAUCAUUUACGUGACUCAAAAAGCUAUUAAAGGGAGUGCAAUAGCUGAAUUCCUUGCUGAUCGUGCAGUCGAAGAUUAUGAGCCAAUGAAAUUAGAUUUUCCUGAUGAGGAUGUGAUGGCCAUUGAAGAAAAUGAACCUGUUGAAAAAUCAUGGAGGAUGUAUUUUGAUGGAGCUGCUAAUGCUUUGGGUCAUGGUAUUGGGGCAAUUUUGAUAUCUCCUGAUGGACAUUAUUACCCCAUCACAGCCAGAUUAAAUUUUAAUUGCACAAACAAUGUGGCUGAAUAUGAGGCCUGUGUUAUGGGUCUACAAGCAGCAAUUGAAAAGAAGAUCAAAGUGUUAGAUGUGUUUGGAGAUUCAGCUUUAGUCAUCUAUCAGUUACGAGGUGAAUGGGAAACAAGAGACUCUAAGUUGAUUCGUACCAUAAAUACAUCUUGAGUUGGUAAGCAAUUUAAAGAAGUUCAGUUUGAGCAUCUACCUAGAGGAAACCAAAUUGCUGAUGCACUGGCUACUAACAUCAGUCAGAACGUCUACUGGAGCCACACCGUUCUCUUUGGUAUAUGGUAUGGAAGCUGUGCUACCAGUCGAAGUGGAAAUUCCUCACUGAGAGUCCUGAUGGAGGUGGAGUUAGAGGAAGCAGAAUGGGUCCGAAAAUCGCUACGAGCAGUUAAACCUUAUUGA